CACCUGACUUGGAGAAGAAACCCCACUUACUUGCUGCUUGCUCGCUCGCCCUUCUCCUUUCACUUUUACUUUCCUCUCUCUACUAUUUUUCCACUCCCACGCCACAACUUAAUCUUCUCUUUACCGUGAAACAAGCAUCAGUUUUGUCGUCGUAACCGCGUCAUCCGGUUUUCUAAAGUCCUGUUUCUCUGUCGGUCGGGUGUCUUUCUCCUCUAAUUACCUUCUCCACCGACAAUCAAUCUUCCACCCUCUCAACCACGACAAGUCUCUCUUCCUCUUCGACCUCUACCACCUCAAGCACCAUCAACAACACGAGGCUGCCAUCAGCUUUUUUAACUCUAGACCUCACCAACACACCACGAUUACAAGAUUGUGUAGAGAUUACAACGGAAACAGUAGUUCGAGAUGACGACCAUGGAUUUAAGGGUCGGGAAUAAAUAUCGCAUCGGUCGCAAGAUUGGUAGCGGGAGCUUUGGGGAUAUUUACUUGGGCACCAAUAUUAUUUCCGGUGAGGAGAUCGCCAUCAAGCUUGAGUCGGUCAAGGCGAAACACCCCCAGUUGGAAUACGAGGCCAGAGUUUACAAGUCCUUGGCUGGAGGUGUCGGUAUCCCGUUUGUUCGUUGGUUUGGGACUGAAUGCGACUACAAUGCUAUGGUUCUCGACCUGCUCGGGCCUAGUUUGGAGGAUCUGUUCAAUUUCUGCAACAGAAAGUUCUCUCUGAAGACUGUCCUGCUUCUUGCAGACCAAUUAAUUUCACGCAUCGAAUACAUCCACGCCAAGUCCUUCAUUCACAGGGAUAUCAAACCAGACAACUUUCUGAUGGGCAUCGGCAAGCGUGGAAACCAGGUUAAUGUGAUUGAUUUCGGUCUUGCGAAAAAAUAUCGAGACCCCAAAACACAUUUUCAUAUUCCCUACAGAGAGAACAAGAACUUGACUGGUACUGCGAGAUAUGCUUCGAUUAAUACUCAUUUGGGUGUUGAGCAAUCACGCCGCGAUGAUAUGGAGUCAUUGGGCUACGUCAUGUUGUACUUCUGUCGUGGUUCUUUGCCCUGGCAAGGGUUGAAGGCUGCUACCAAAAAACAAAAGUACGAUAGGAUUAUGGAGAAGAAGAUGACAACCCCCACCGAGGUUCUUUGUCGCGGAUUCCCCAAUGAGUUCGCCAUUUAUCUCAAUUACACCCGCUCUUUGAGGUUCGACGACAAGCCGGAUUACUCUUACCUCCGCAAGAUCUUUAGGGAUCUCUUUGUUAGGGAGGGAUUCCAGUACGAUUAUGUUUUCGACUGGACCGUCUACAAAUAUCAAAAAAAUGCCCAGGCUAUAGCUCAGGCUGCCGGAGGACAGCAGGGUCCUGGCGAGGAUGACGAGAAGGAUCUGAAUAAGCGGGGGACGCUUCGUACCAAUGCCGCAACUGCCGGACACCCCACUCCCCAGACUUCCAAUAAGCCUGGCGCCGUCGGAGGGUCUAGAAGGAAGGUUGUCGAGCGUGGGGCCAUGGCCGGAGUUGACACUCCUGGCACCAUGGAUACCACUCGCGGACUUAGUGGGUCCGAUAGGAUGCUUCGUUCUGCCUCUAAGGGCGCUGGAGCCGUACCCACUCCUGGCUUUGCCCCUCAAGCUGGCGGGUAUCGUGUCAACAAGCGCGAGGACCAACCUAGCGGUUCUGGUGGCGCACAGCAGUGGUAUUGAGUGAAACUUUGAUACCGUCAGAUUCCUUGAAAAAAAAAAACUUGUGACUACUCUGGGGACUUGAAAUUGGUUUGCAAGGAGCUGAUGGAUGGGUAUAAUGAGUUUCCGAUUCUUUUUCCCUGUCAUGUGUGCGUGUGUGCUCGAGACUUGCUUUGCGGUGGCCUAAUCGUGGAGUUUGUUUCUGAAGUUUCUCUUGUCAUUGUUUCAAUUUCACUUUUUUGCUGUAUUUUUUUCCUCUCACUUUUUUCUGUCCCCAGGCUACAUAGUUUUGUCUCCGCUUUCCUUUCCUCUUCCGAUGGACUGUUUGUGUGAUUUGCACGGGUAUUAUGUGCAGGAUAUCCAGGCGCAUUUUCGAUCAACAAGCCGGUUGUCAGCGCGUUCGUUCACCUAUUUCAUCAUGCGAUCAUACCUUCGACACCUCUUCAACCGGUCUUGAUCGUUUGUAUAAAGGGUGGUCUGUUGGAUCUGGUCUAAGAUACAUCGUUGUGGAUUUGUGUUGCAUCUCAUUCGGGUCAGCAUUUCUCUUGGGCUGGUGGCAUUUUUUAUCUUAAAUCAGUAUCUCUUCCAGUCAGUUCCUGCGGUAUUACAAAACGGUCAUUGGUGCAAACGGGUAUCAUGGGAGGGAUCGAUCGAUAUUGAAUGGUCGACCUGGGGAGAAGAACUUAUUUGGGCCAGCGGUCCCACUGUUUUUGCUUGAAUUGGACGGCGUAAGCCGGACGGCUGGCCAAGGGAGAGGGGUGGGGGGUGUUGGUGGAUGGAUUUGCUUUUUACUUUCUUCCUUUGCGAUUUUAUGCAUGUACGCACACAUGAUUGGGGAGGCUUUUUCUGAAUUGGAGAGGUUGCUUGUAUACCUUUCUUAGCUUUUCUUGUUUUUGAGAUCAGGGCCACGAUCUCUAUCUCUCCAUUAAUGUGUUUUUUGUUGAUUCAUCCCUGUAAAAUGGGAUUUAACUUGGGUGCUUGUGCUUUUCGGGUUUCUUCCCUUUUAUAUCUCAUGCGUUUGUUUUCUAUUUUUGCUUUCGUUUUUCCUUGCUUGAUGAUCGGGGAGAAAGUCUGGGGGCUUCUUCUACAUCAUGCGGCGGAAGGUGUUGGGACGAAGGUUGGAGGAUGGGAUGGAUGAUUCAUGGGAUUUCGGGGUGAUGGGGUGGUUGGUGCUUGGGGUGAGGGAGUGUGAGGCUUAGUUCAGGGGACGAGGAGGUGAUCUGCGAAAGGGCCGCUUCCGGGGUGGCCUCUUUUUUGUCUUUAUUUUUCCAUCUUGUCUUCCGGCACCAAGGUUAUAUAAGUUGGUGGUUGGUUGGAGGGAUUUCUUCGCUAGCUCACACUCUUUUUUUCAUUGCUAUACUUUUAUUUUUCUCAUCGGCUUGCUCUUGCGGUUUGGAGGAUGAUGGGAGGUAUGGUGAGGGGAGGGGGUGAUGCUGGUGAAGAGGGAGCGGUGGGUUAGCUACUGGGUUGCUGGUGAGAUCUGAGUCCCACAUCCGCGAUGCCGGAAUCGGACCUCGCCUGUUGCCAUUAUUAUGGGAAUGAAUGCCGAUGGAUUUCGCUAGAUUUGAUACCCUAUAAUUGUUCCGCUUGCCAGUGA